AUGGCAUGGAGCAUCGCAUUGAGAAUUUCUGGACAAGGUUUCGUUGGAUUACACUUGCUUGUUUCCGCCGGCUAUGCGUACAUACACACAUGGGUGGAUAUACCAGGGACACCCCAUCGGCGCACGUCAUUUCUCUUUAACCCCCGGCCACUCAUCAGUUUCUUCCCGCCCGGGCUGAUGGUCUCAAUUCUCGUACCACAACCCCGACAUCUCUGCAUCUCACUCUACGCAAUUCAUUAUGAGACUAUAGUGUACCGUUUCACUUCCGUCGAUGAAAAUCCCCAUGGAUUUUCGGAAUCGGAUCAGAAGAUUGCGGGUUCGAGCCCCGUCUGGAUCGAAUUGAUCAAGUACUGCCUGGCCGAAAAGACGCCCCUCAAUGUAAUUCGUGUUGAGCCCACGAUUCCACGAAAGCCCUCGGGGCACGCCGGUUGCAUAGGAAAGGCAAGCAAAGCUAAUGCGCUGUUCCUGGUGGCUUGGAAGGAAUCUGACCCGUCAGGAUCCCAUGUGCUCUCUCACACAUGUCUCACGUCGCUCGAAUCAGCUAUAUCUCGAGCGUGCUUACCAUAA